UCCAAAUUCAUUUAUGUCAUUACAUAUUUCAGAUACAUUCAUUCCAUAUCAUAUGUCACUAGGCUAAAUUGUAAUUAUAUCUAAAUGAAAAGCUCAACUAAGCUUUAAUUCCCGUUGUUGAUUUAUUUAUCAGUUUGUUCUGAAAUGUAUUUGAAUCUCGAGGUUCUCCACGUGCACAGUUGUUCUGCAAUGCUAUCUGCGCCUGCCUCCGGAUUAAAGAGGUCCUCGUUCUUGCCAAAAAAUACGCGUUCCUAGUAAUUAACGAGCUUGUUUUGUUUUUUCAACCCGAAUCCAAAUUCGAAAUGGCUUGUAAAAACCAAACGGGCGCAUACCAAUAAAAUAAAUGACUACGGAAAGUCCCAAGUGGUCAGAAGGUUUUGCAAGCAGGAUAUUGAUUUUCAUCAAAGGGGGUGGGAAGAAUGGUGGUUCACGUUUAUAUUCUGGGUUAAGCGCCUGUCUUCGGCAAAAAAGGCAAUAAAUAUGGUUUGAAUUUAAGCAUCGAACCUUUUACUUCUUCCGUUUACGAAUCGGAAUAGUUUGCACAAAUGACAAACACCGACUUGAAUCAGGACUUUGUGCUAGUCUCUUCGUGAAAUACCCCACAAUCGAGAAAUGUCACAAAAUCUGGAAGAGAUCUGGAACGAGCUUACAAAAGAUCUUCCAGAUGAGAAAAACGACUGGUGGUUCAAAAUUGUCGAGAAAUUAAACGAUUCUAAACGGAAGUGUCACAAUUUGAGUUAUUUAGAGAAAAAGUUUGCCCUGUACGAGUCUGUAAAACAUUUAAUCAAAAAUAAAGCUGCUGUUCGUUUCGCCUUGUUUUUCAGCUAUUUUGAGUAUGGUCCAAUUAUUCUCAACUCACAUGAAAGGAACAUCAAUCACUUUCAGCAGUUUGCGACUGAAUGUAAAAUUUCUCAGGUGUGUUGGGAUGAUUCAAUUUUAUACAAGGAUGUCGUGAUGCUCUUGCAAUGCACUGGUUCUUGCAUAACCGAAGAACACAAACAAGCCGGUGUUUAUGGAUGCGAAGACAAACAUUAUUUUCUCGAUUUGGACAUGGUCAUACUGGGAUCGGAACCGGAUGUCUAUGCCGAAUACUGGGACAAGGAGAGGGAAGAGUACGACUUCCUACCUGUCGAUAUGUAUAACUCACUACGAGUCAAAGUUUUAAGGACCUUUCUACUCAUUCCUAAUAUAUUUGCAACAAAAGAAUUUAGGGAUAAAUAUGAAGAAAAUGCUCGCAAAAAUAUUCAGGCCGAUGUUUCGCUAAUUAAUGAAUAAUUUUCACAUUUGAUAAAUUGUUAUUGUUUUAUAUC